CUCUUGACACUUGAAUUUAUCAUUCAAGCUUCUGUCGCAAUGGUCGCCACCGACCAAUUGAGAGCGGAGAAGCUCUUCUCUAUGAAAGGCUACAUCGCAGUGAUUACCGGUGGAGGUACUGGGAUUGGUUUGAUGGCAAGCCAAUCUCUUGCAGCCAAUGGCGCCAAAGUCUACAUUACAGGACGUCGUAUGGAAGCUCUCGAGAACGCCGCAAAAACCCACUCCCCAGCUCAAGGAGGAAGCAUAAUACCCGCUGGACCCUGCGAUGUAACCUCCAAAGAAGACCUUGAGAACCUAGUCACGGAGAUCUCUAAAAAGGAAAAAUACAUUGACCUCCUAAUCACCAAUGCUGGCAUCUCGGGACCAAAAGCUGAGCCGGUAGACGAGGACGCAACGAAGCUAAAAGAAAUCCUCUUCAACUCCGAAUCCUUCUCCGAAUGGUCCACUACCUUCAACACCAACGUCUCUGCCGUCUACUUCACAACCGUAGCCUUCCUGCCCCUCUUGCAAGCCGCCAAAGAAGCACACACCCACUUCUCGCCAUCCGUAAUAGUCAUCUCCUCCAUGUCCGGCAUCAUGCGCCAUGCUCAGGGGCAUUUCAGCUACAACGCCGCCAAGGCAGCUACGGUGCAUUUGAGCAAGUUGAUGAGUUUCGAGUUUAAGAAGGCGGGAAUUAGGGUUAAUAGUAUUGCGCCGGGGUAUUUCCCGAGUGAGAUGACGACAAAUGAGAGUGAUAAGAAUCAGAAGAGUGAGCUGUCUGAGGAGAAGAUUCAGGAGAAAGGUCAUGUGCCGGCGGGUAGGGCAGGGAGUGAUGAGGAGAUGGGGAUGGGGGUGUUGUUCUUGGCGAGGAAUAGGUAUGUUAAUGGAGAGAUUAUUGCUAUUGAUGGUGGGGUUUUAUUGGAGAUGCCAGGGAGGUGA